CUCCGCUCCAUAUAGUGCAUGUGCUCCUGUCCUGUGUGCAUGCACUACGUACAGGGUGAGCAGUAGUAAUCAAAUCCAAAAGAAGGAUUUCUUAAUCCCACGACUUAAACAACCAACCCUAAUCCGCCGCCCGCCUAUCCUAUAUAAACCCUGCCAGCCCAGCCCAUUCUAUGCUUCUCACUCACCGGUGUCCUACGAGCAGCUAGCUAGCACAGUCCCCUACCACCACCACCACCAGCCCACUCUAUCAGCCUCGGGUGAAGCCGAGCAGAUCCAUGGCGCAGUCUCGUCGCAUGGCCGGGUCCGCCCUCCUGCUGCUGCUCCUCCUCGUCGCCACAGAGAUGGGGGCGACGACGGUGAAGGUGGCGGAGGCGCGGGACUGCCUGUCGCAGAGCCACAAGUUCAAGGGCACGUGCCUCAGCAGCAGCAACUGCGCCGCCGUCUGCCGCACCGAGAACUUCCCCGACGGCCAGUGCCACACCCAGAACCUCGCCCGCAAGUGCUUCUGCAAGAGGGUCUGCUAGAUCUGUUGCUGCUGUUGGUCAGUGCCGUUCGCUAGAUCUGUUCGUCAGUAGCUGCCUGCAGUUCGUGUGACUGUUGCCCCGUAAUAAAGUUAGGAAAUCAAUAACCGGGGUCUCGGUAGUUUGUGUUCGCCGCACGUCGUGUUUGUCGAUGCUUUGUGUGGUAAUAAUGUAACAAGGUCGUUGUUCAGUAUGGUCUCUCCCUGUGUGUCUUUGUGAGCAUCUUCAGAAAGAGCUCCUAUUAUUAUGAAAAAAAAGAUUCUCUCA